AUGGCCUCCGAAGUGUACUGGGUCGGCAUGGUGGACGGUGAUGGCGGCAAAUCCUUGAUGGGGGGCGGCGGCUGGCCAGGCGACGUGCCGGGGGUGGGGGCGAUCGGCGCCGACGGAAGGGCCAGCGAGGCCGUGGCGCCCGGCGAGAACGCAGCGGCGGUGGAGGAGGUGGUGGGCAGCGGCGGGUUUGGUGGUGGUGAUGACAUAGUCGAAACCAAGCUAGCUGAUACCAAGCUUCUUGAUCUCGAAGAUUCAAAAGAAGCUGUUUACAGCACCCUUGAUGCAUGGAUCGCCUUUGAGCAGGACUUUCCACUCGCCUCAUUAAAGCAAGCAACUGUAGCUCUUGAAAAGGAGGAACAAUGGCAUAGAAUUGUCCAACUAUUGUAAAUUAUAAUUUAAUUAGUAAUAAAAUGGAUGUCGAGCAAAGGGCAAGGAAAUACCAUCAGAACAUACGAGCAAUUAGUGCGUGCACUUGAGAAGGACAACAGAGCAGAGGAAGCACAUAAAAUCUGGGAGAAGAAAAUAGCCCAUGACCUGCAUUCAGUUCCUUGGCGUUUCUGCGGUCUUAUGUUAGCUAUUUACUACAGAAACAAUAUGCUAGAUAGUCUUAUCAAGCUCUUUAAUGUCCUUGAAGCAUGUGGUCGCAAGUGUCCUAGUAAAGAAUAUAUACGGAAAGUUGAAGUUGCAUAUGAAAAUGAAAUGCUUGGUCUAUUAGAAGAGAAGAAGGAUUUGCUUGAAAAGUACAAGGAUUUGUACAAUAAGCCAUCAAAUAGUGAUAGAAAGAAAGAUCGACAGUUCAAGAAGGCUGAGAAGAAAGCUGGUUAG